GAACACUCAGUCAUUGUACGAAACUAAAGUUUAACAAUGAGGAGAGUUCAUCCAAUAUUGAGUUUAUUGUCCGUCGUUCUGAUAAUAAAAUGCUGUGCUGCGGAAUUGUCUGCAGUUGGUACCAAUUUCCGUGCGUUGGCCAUGCCAGAGAAUGCUGCGGCGGAGAGGGAUGCUAUUCGAACAUCAUUCGGAUACAUUCAUCCAGCUACGAUUAACGCUGACGGCAGCUUCAACGAUAUAGAUUACAAUGACGCCGGGGGUUGUAUGGAACAUGGGGAACGCCUUAGCAAACUCAUUCAAGCGUAUUAUCUUAAUGUAACGGUAGAUUACAUUGAAAAUUAUUUUUAUCGAAACUCAACUACAUGGGAAUGGGUUGUGAAUUCAUGGACGUUCAUAGCCUAUAAUGCUCCCGACGUCACGGACUGGAACUGGUGGACGGCACAGAUCGGUACUCCACGGUCCUUCUGGCAAGGCCUCUUCCUGUCAAGAGGAAAGAUCAGCGACAUAUUGUACGACGAUAUGAUCAAAAGGUAUUGGACUGAUGCUCAAGUUUGGAACAUCUCAACCAUAGAUGGUAAAAUGUCGGCUUCAAAUAUGGCCAAUAGAGGAUUCUUGGGGUUGUUUGAGACGUUCUAUCAAGGUGAAGAUCGUUUCAGUGACAGACAAAAUGCUCUCUUUAAACGUUUGGAAAACGAAAUCGAAGAAAAAAAAUCAUACCAAGGAGAGGGUGUAGGAGCUGACUAUUGUAUCCACGUACAUAACAUACAUGAGGGAGUAUGGGAGGUCCCUUACUACAGUUCCCACCUCCGAUUGAUGAUCUACAAUGGCGGAUACGGGGCGGAGUAUCUCAAGAGAUUUGCGUACAUCUAUAUCCUUCUACAAAACACUGAUUACGAGAUUGAAGAGGAUGUGUUGUCAGAGUUCAUCAAUUGUUUCUUGGAGUGCCAUCAAUAUUUGGUGCGUGGUCAGACAUUUGAGCCAUCCUCCGUCGGGCGUAAUAUCGAUGAUAACCAGCGAGUGACAUAUUGGGCGGCUUACGACUCCGUCUACAAGGUAGCAGAAUUGCUUUUACAACUUGACUUCCGCAGACAGGAAUUAGAAAACGUGAUUACAAGAUACCUCAACCAUGGUCCUACUAGCGCAGAAAACGCCCUCAUUGGUAAUCGGGCAUUAUUCGCCUCAGAUAUGAUAGUCCACCAUAGACAAAGUUACAUGGCGAGUGUGCGUAUGUUUUCUACUCGCACGGUCCGACCCGAGACGUGGGUGAGCGAUCGCAGAACAAUUAAUCCAUACGGAUACUACACUGGAGAUGGAUUUGUGUUUCUGUCCCAGGACGACAACGAGUUUGGAGAACGAUACAACGAAGUUUUCCAAUAUUAUGACUGGGAAAAGAUUCCAGGUACAACGGUUUUAUAUAGUGGAAGUGUACCCCAGGAAGGGAUGGAGAGAGUAGGAGACACUCCGAACUUCCCCCAUCAUAUAAGUAAUGCGAAGUUUGUUGGCAGUGCCUCUGAUGGAAUGUACGGUGUUGCCGCAAUGGUCUACGAUCGUCCAACGGUUAAUAUAACAUUGAAGAAAUCUUGGUUUUUCUUUGAUGAUGAAGUCGUCUGUCUAGGAAGUGAUAUAUCCCUCCGCGAAGAAUAUACCUCUAAUGGUCUUCCUAUAAUAACUACGCUUAAUCAAGUUGUCCAAGAUGGCGAAAUUGCAUUUAUGACUACAACAGGGUCGUUGCAAUAUGUAAAUUGGAACAGUAAUGUAAAUAUCCCAAAUGCCAAAUGGGUUCACCACGACAACACGGCAUAUGUGUUCCCAAAUGGAGCAGAUGCAAGCGUCGAUUCGCGUGAAAAGACAGCAGAAAGUAACAUUUUGAAUGUCACAACGAUGUGGAUUGAACAUGGUUUUGAACCGUACGCUUAUAUUAUACAUCCAAAUGUUACAGUUAACCAACUGGAAGAACGCCUUAGUACAUCGUCAGUGGCGAUCAAGCAACAAGACACAAACGCACACGUCGUGUACCACUCAACACUUGAUAUACUCUCCGUCGUUGUAUUCAAUGGUCCGUUUUCCAUCGUUCACCCAAAAUUAUCGUACUCCAUAACGGUUGACCAGCCUUGUAUUUUGAUGAUUCAGCACUCUGGUAACAACAUCACAUUGACCGUUUCCUUCCCGACACAGUUACCCACGACAGUUAAUAUUACGUUAGGCCUGAAUGUAUUCGGAAAAGGUUCAUAUUAUAAUCCAGAUGAACAACUGUCUAUCGUACUUUUCUCUUUCCUUGAUAAUUAUAAAACUGUUGGAAAAAGUCAAAUCAAGACCUACGAGAUUGUCCCAGUGGCUACUAUUCCAAACACUAACGUUGCUGAGAUAGUUGUUGAUGCUGUCGAUGGCGGAAAUGCAGAUGAACCCAUUGUAAAUGAAAACGAAGUCAUUGCAAAUGCAGAUGAAGUGGUUACAACAGAUGAAGUCGUUGAAAAUACAGAUGAAGUCGUUGCAAAUGAAAACGAAGUCAUUGCAAAUGCAGAUGAAGUGGUUACAACAGAUGAAGUCGUUGAAAAUACAGAUGAAGUCGUUGCAAAUGAAAACGAAGUCAUUGCAAAUGCAGAUGAAGUGGUUACAACAGAUGAAGUUGUUGAAAAUACAAAUCCAUCCGCUGCAAAUGAUGACGUUCUAGACACAGAUGAAGUCGCUGAAAAUACAGAUGAAGUCGUUGUAGAUGAUGUUGAUGAUGAAGAUGACGAAAAUGAAGAAGAAGAAGAAGAAGAAGAAGAAGAAGAAGAAGAUGCUGAUGAUAACCUAGGAAAGAAAGAGGACUCAAAGCGUCAAAAGAACCCACAUCGAGGCAAAAAUAAGAGGAAACGAAACGUUGACUAA